AUGCAGGACACGACAUCCGACGCGUCAUCGUACAAUGACAACCGCGGCUAUAAGCUGAGCCACACAGUGUCCGCCGAGACGUGGGAGAAAGCCAUUGCGGCGGUGGAACAGCAGGGAAUGAGUCUCCGCGCAGCCGCCAAGCUGUAUGGUGUGCACUUCGCAGCUCUCCAUCGACGUGUCAAGAAACGUGCGCAAGCAGUGCACGCAAAAGGCACGAGCGACUAUUUCCACCCUAGUGACGAGGCUGGAAUCAUGCGCGUGGUCGUGGCUCGUGCCGAACUGGGGGUGCUGAUGACAUUUGACGAGCUGAUGAGGCUGGUGGAGUCCGCAGCUCUGCGAAAAUUGCCAGACAUUUCGAUGGAUUCGGCACGGAAGCUGUUAACACGCUUUCAGUCUCGCAACGAGCAGUCAGUCCGGCAUAUUAUUGAGGAUUGGCCUCCAUCUCUACCAGCCGUGGAUGUAUCCUCAACCGAAGGAAUACGACCCCCAUACCGGCCAUACUUGGAACACCCAGGGUUCGACUUUGGACCCAAGCCUCCGGUCAUUCGUCGACCGCAGUCGGUAGGGGCAAGUGCUGCAGCUAUGGCUGCUGCAGCGAAGACGAGUUUAUUCGUCCCGCCCACUCACCUGGGCCCUCCGUCUUCGAAAGGCGACGGCGACGCUGUGAUGGUUGUAUGA